AUGGGAUAUUACGAUAUUGACGAAGUGCUAGCGGCAGGCGAACGUGUUCCUUGCAAAUUUAACCUCACGGUGCCAGGAUUGGGUUUUCUUGAGGGAAAUCCCGGAAAGCCUAUUGAAGAAGGUGCCAAAGUGGAUAUUCCCAUGUGGCUAGCAGAGACGUUGGCCCGUGUGGAGAUAGGAAAUACCGGCAAGCGGUUCGUUCUGUUUCUAGAACCCGACUUCACGUCGCCCAAGGUGAUAAACGCUAUCAAGGCAGACCCCCUCUCGGUGGAUUUACAUAGUAUUGUCAGUAACUUCUAUAAGCUCAGCGAAAAGUGGGCCUCCAUGUUCGCUGACGUGGAGUUGGCAGAGAUGUUGAUGACGAUGUUAAAGGAGAGGGCUUUGGAGAUCGAUAACUAUGCCAGCAACACCAGCAAACACGUGAACUCGAAUUUUUUGUAUUCCUUAGAUGAGUUCGAGAAAAAUCUAUACAAGGUCACUUAUGAGAGCAAGAAACAGAUGCGUGAAUGGAGCAACAGUGUGUAG